AUGCUUGCCACAACUGCUGACCGCGCUCGAAGAUUGGAAGAGCUGACUUCAGCCCAAGAUAGUGUUCCCCAUCGGGGAAACAAAGCUGUAUUCAUUGGACUGCCUGAUAUAAUAUCCCGUCAUCAAAAGGUUACUUUGCAAGCUUUUCCCAAAUGGUCCACCAGAUGUAGGUUUCAGGGCAUAUGGGUCGAACGAACUCCAAACUUCAUAAGCUUACAGGAAUACGCUCAAGAGUUGAAGGUACUACUCAAGAAAUCAAAGGAUGUCAAGGCUUACUUCGAUUCCCUCCAAGAUGAGGGAGCCAGACAGACUGUCUUGCGAGAUCUCGCCAUCCUGUACAAACACAUGAAGGAAGUCUUCAAUCAAAAUUCAAAAGAAUUGAGAAAAAACAAGGAUUCAGAAAACGGAACCGUCAAACCAAUUGGUAUCCAAGCGUGUACCGAAAGUGCAAAGAGUUCAAGGGUCCGGCUUGGAGCGGUCAUGUCUACCGGCAUCAUUCGUGCUGGAGGCACAAUGUUUGGGCAUUCGAGCACAUGA